AUGGCUGUAGCUGUCGCUUUAGCAAAACCUACAGUGGAAAUUUCACAAGGAAUUUUAGAUGGUACUUUGGAAACUUCGAGAUAUGGAAGACAAUACGCAGCUUUUCUUGGAAUACCAUAUGCCAAACCACCAGUUGGCAGUCUUAGAUUCAAAAAUCCUGAACCAGCAGACAGUUGGGACGAGAUAAGACAGGCAGAUUCUUUUGGAAAUGUUUGCCCUCAACUAGAUCAAGGAAAUAUAAUUGGAGAUGAAGAUUGUCUAUUUUUAAAUGUCUACACUCCACUUCUAGAAUUUAAUUCUACAACUUUGAACACAACAUCACUAUUACCAGUUAUGGUUUGGAUUCAUGGGGGAAGUUUCACGAGCGGAAGCGGAAGUCUAUAUGGCGCUAAUUUUCUCUUGGAUAAAAAUAUAAUUCUCGUGACAAUAAAUUAUCGUUUAGGAAUAUUGGGUUUCUUAUCAACGGGCGAUUCUGUAGCGCCAGGAAAUUUUGGAAUGAAAGAUCAAGUUUUAGCAUUAAAAUGGAUUCAGGCAAAUAUCAAAUCAUUUGGAGGAGAUUCAAAAAGAGUUACAAUUUUUGGCGAAAGUGCAGGUGGUGCAAGUAUUAGUUUGCAAGCUAUUUCUAAAGCGAGUGAAGGUUUAUUCAGCGGUUAUAUAAUUCAAAGUGGUGCUGUUUUGUGCCCAUGGGCUUAUCAAAAAAGUACUACAUUAUCAACGUACGUGAAGCAAAUUGGAUUACUCUUUUUGUGUCCAUUUUUUAACUCAAGAUUUUUAGUAAAUUGUUUACGAAACAAGCCUAUAACAAAUUUAAUAACUACAAGUGUAGCAUUCGGUACAAUAUCUCGUUUGGCAAAAUUAACAUGGACACCAACAGAUGAACCUGAAGAUGAAGAAGCAUUUUUAACUGAUAAUCCAAGAAGUUUAAUGAAUCAAAAUGCAAUGAAGGAUUUACCAUUUAUGAGCGGUGCUGUUUCAGACGAAGGUCUAGUCGUUACUAGAGAAUUAUAUUCCAAUAUAUUACUCUAUAAUGCAUUUAAAUUGACAACAAAUGCAAUAAUUGCCUACUUUAGCAAUCAAUAUCUUGGAAGAAACGAUGAAAUUGAAUUUACUCUGUCAGUGAAUAAAUUUUAUUUCAAUGACUCUAUGAUUUUUUCAUCUCAAAGAGACUAUUUAGAUAGUGCCACGAGAUUUAUCACCGAUGGAUUUUUUUUAUAUCCACAAUUGCGAAUGGUAGAAAAAGUAACACCAAUAAAUAAAAAUCCUAAUUAUUUUUAUAAUUUUGGAUAUAGAGGAAAAAAGAGUCUCACAGAAAUUGGUGGUGACAAAAGGAACCUCGGCGUUUCACAUGCUGAUGAACUUUUAUAUCUAUUUCCAAUAAAUUAUCCUACACUUCAAAAUAUCAAUUUUUCAAAAACAGAUGAAAAAAUGAGUAGAUUAAUGAAAACCAACGUCAAAGGAAUUGAAAAAUCCUAA